AAAAAGGGGGAGGUCACUUGCACCGAAUGCACAAGAUGGAUGACUGGUGGAAUCAAUAGAUUAAAAUACCACCUUGCACAAAUACCUGGAUAUGGUGUGGAGGCAUGCCCCAAAUCAACUCCUGAAAUUAUUAGAGAGAUGAAGGCCAUUCUUGCUGAGAAUGAUAUGCAUAAGGAAGAAAGGCAAAAAACAAGAGAAGCCAUAGCAACUGCAAUGAAUCCCACAUUGUCCACUUCGGGUCCCAUUGGUCAUAGUCGGGGUCGUCAGUCACUUUCAUCUUUUGGUGACAAUGAGGGUGAGGCUAGUGGCACUCCUGUUAGAUCAGACCCUAAUUUUUUUGUACCACGCAAUGUUCCAGGUGCACAACCUUCACUUGAAGGUACAGGAUGGAAUAAAGAGAAGCAUGAACAAGCACGGAUAGCAGCUUCAAACUUUUGGUUUUACAAUAAUCUAUCUUUCAAUGCAGCAAACAAUGUGUAUUGGGAAAGUUUUGUUAAUGCAUGUACAGUGGCGGGUAAGGGGUUUAAGGCCCCAACAGGUUAUGACUUCAGUGGGCCAUUGCUAGAGAAAGCUGUGAAAAAUACAGAAGGUGUGGUUGAUGAUCAGAAAAGGUAUUGGAAGAGAAAAGGAUGCAGCAUUUUAUCUGAUGGAUGGACAGAUGGACGGAAUAGGACUCUUCUCAACUUCUUGGUGGCUUCAAAUGGUGCAAUGGUAUUCAUAAAGUCUGUUGAUGCCUCAAAUGAAAUAAAAAAUGCAGAGACUUUGUGUAAUCUGUUGGAUGGUGUGGUUCGGGAAGUUGGAGUUGAGAAUGUUGUCCAAAUUAUCACGGACAACGCAGCUGCAUAUGUAUCUGCAGGUAGAAUGCUUAUGCAAAGGCAUCCUUCGAUUACAUGGAGUCCUUGUGCUGCACAUUGCUUGGACUUGGUGCUAGAGGACAUUGGGAAGAUUGGAUGGGUGAAGAAGGUGGUUGAAGAUGCAAAAAGUGUCACCAAAUUCAUCUACAACCAUACUUGGGUGCUUGCUUUGAUGAGAAAAUACACAAAUGGCAAGGACCUUGUGCGACCUGGAGUGACACGAUUUGCUAGCCACUUCAUCACUUUGCAGAGCAUUCUUAGUGCCAUUCCUCAUCUUAAGCAGAUGUUUGUGUCAGAUGCUUGGUUGGGGUCUGCAUACUCCAAAAGACCUGAAGCAGAGAAGAUUGCGACCAUUGUUUUUGAUGAUGGGUUCAAUAAAAAUGGAGAGGAGUUGACUGCGGUGACAGAACCUUUGGUGAGGGUUCUUCGUAUGGUGGAUGGAGAGGGCAUGCCAAUGGGUUUCAUUUAUGAGGCCAUGGAUAGGGCCAAAGAGGCCAUUUCACAUUACUAUCGUGGAAAUGCAAGAAAAUGUGAAAUCUUUUGGCGCAUCAUUGAUCGUAGGUGGACAAACCAACUCCACCAACCGAUACAUGCCUUCGCCUACUUUUUGAACCCGAAAUUCUACUUCUCUGAUUCAUUUAGGGCUGAUGAGGAGGUCAUGGCAGGUGUUAUUACAUGCAUUGAUAAGAUGACACCUGAUCCUGAGUUGAGAGACAAGGUUCUUGAUGAGUUGGAGAUCUACAAAAGUGCAGAGGGGAGACUCUUCUCAUCACAACUAGCAAUUGAUAGGAGAGGAAAACAACAACCAGAUUUAUGGUGGGAGAAUUAUGGUGCCGGCACGCCUAAUCUUCAAAAGAUAGCUAUCCGUGUUUUGUCUCAGCCAUGCAGUGCUUCUGGGUGUGAACGAAAUUGGAGUGUCUUUGAAAGCAUUCACACAAAGAAGAGAAAUAGAUUGUCACAAAAGCGGCUCAAUGAUCUAGUAUUUGUUCGGUACAACCUUCGCCUUCGAGUUAGACAGGUGGAGGGUGUUUCACAUGAGGCCAUUGACUUGGAUGAAAUUGAUCCAUAUGGUGAUUGGACCAUGAAUGAACAAAAUGAUGGUGAUGAUGUCCUCCUUACCGAAGAAGAAAUUGCAGAAAUAGAGAGGAGCAGCACAAGAUGCAGAAGGAGCAAGAUUGGAUGAAGAUGAGGACGAAGAUGAGGAUGAUGAUGAGGACUAUGACUUUGAAGAAGACUCAUCUCACCAUUUAGAUACCACAACACCCACUGCUACUACUUCUAGCUCAAGGCCUGAAAAAUUGAGCUAUAUUAGGAAAAAUACAAAGAGGAAGAUGUAGUCUUCUCUUUGGUUUGUUCAUUCACAUUGCUGUUUUUCACAUUUGCAGUUGGACUUGGACAUAUCAUUAUAUGUAAUUUUGUGAACAUUUAUAUACUUAUGCUGCCAUUAUAGUAUUAUACAUUUUAGAGUUGAAACUUGAAACUUGAAUAUGCUGCCAUGAAUGAUGAAAUUUCAAAUAUUGCGUGUUUGUACUUUGUAGAUCAUAUGACAUGUGUAAUGUUUCAAUUAUGGCACUUAUGUUCUCUAAAUGCAUUAAUUUCUUUAUGUUUUUUUGUAAAACUACGGUUUUUUUUUUUUGCCGAGUCUUUGCCGAGUCUUUCGCGAGUCUUUCACGAGUCCGAGUCCGAGUCCAAAAUUUUGGUUUGCCGAGUCCGAGGCGAGUCCGAG